GGCGGCAGCGGCGGCCGCGCGAGCAUCGGCGGCGGUGGCUGAGGCAGCGGGAGCAGCUGUGCCGCCAGCGUGGAGCGGGAGGCGUGGAGGUGUGAAGGAGAAGGGAGUGCCAGACCGGAACCGGGAACUUCAUAAUUGGUGUGAAAAAGCAGUAGAAAGAAAAAGGAUCAAGAAGGAGAAGCUUCAUGGUUUGCCCCUUGAAUGUAUGCAUCUCAUGAUUGAUAGGAAGAAACAAGUCAUGGGUCAAAGGUCAAGAUACUUCUCUGGGAAUUGUUGCUGCUGAUCCUACUUUACAGAGUCAUACAAUGAAUGUUUGGUUUAAGAAAGAUUUUCGUAUUUAAAAGAUCUCCAUCUUGGAAGUAUAUCGAGUGAAGAUUGAUUCUCCUGGGAAACAUUUUCCUCAUAAUAAAUUAUACUUGUAAUGGGCGACAUGGCAAACAACUCAGUUGCAUAUAGUGGUGUGAAACACUCUUUGAAAGAAGCUAAUCAUGAUGGAGACUUUGGAAUUACGCUUGCAGAACUGCGGGCUCUCAUGGAGCUCAGGUCCACAGAUGCAUUACGAAAAAUACAGGAAAGCUAUGGAGAUGUCUAUGGAAUUUGCACCAAGUUGAAAACAUCUCCCAAUGAAGGUUUAAGUGGAAACCCUGCAGAUUUAGAAAGAAGAGAAGCAGCCUUUGGAAAGAAUUUUAUACCUCCUAAGAAGCCAAAAACCUUUCUUCAAUUAGUAUGGGAAGCAUUACAAGAUGUCACUUUAAUUAUAUUAGAAAUUGCAGCCAUAGUAUCAUUGGGCCUUUCUUUCUAUCAACCUCCAGAAGGGGAUAAUGCACUUUGUGGAGAAGUUUCUGUUGGGGAAGAAGAAGGUGAAGGUGAGACUGGGUGGAUUGAAGGAGCUGCCAUCCUCUUGUCCGUGGUGUGUGUGGUAUUAGUGACAGCUUUCAAUGACUGGAGUAAGGAGAAGCAGUUCCGAGGUUUGCAAAGUCGAAUUGAGCAGGAACAGAAGUUCACCGUCAUCAGAGGUGGUCAGGUCAUUCAGAUACCUGUAGCUGACAUUACUGUUGGUGAUAUUGCCCAAGUGAAAUAUGGUGAUCUCCUUCCAGCUGAUGGCAUUCUGAUUCAAGGCAAUGACUUGAAAAUUGAUGAAAGUUCAUUGACUGGUGAAUCUGAUCAUGUUAAGAAGUCUUUAGAUAAGGAUCCCUUGCUUCUAUCAGGUACUCAUGUAAUGGAAGGUUCUGGAAGAAUGGUAGUUACAGCUGUAGGUGUGAAUUCUCAAACUGGAAUUAUUUUUACCUUACUUGGAGCUGGAAGUGAAGAAGAAGAAAAAAAAGAUGAGAAGAAAAAAGAAAAGAAAAAUAAGAAACAAGAUGGAGCUAUUGAGAAUCGCAACAAAGCAAAAGCCCAGGAUGGUGCAGCCAUGGAAAUGCAGCCUUUAAAGAGUGAAGAAGGUGGAGAUGGUGAUGAAAAAGACAAAAAGAAAGCAAAUUUGCCAAAAAAGGAAAAAUCUGUUUUACAAGGGAAACUUACAAAGCUGGCUGUUCAGAUUGGCAAAGCGGGACUAUUGAUGUCUGCCAUCACAGUUAUCAUUCUAGUAUUAUAUUUUGUAAUCGAUACCUUCUGGGUUCAGAAGAGACCAUGGCUUGCUGAGUGCACACCAAUUUAUAUACAAUAUUUUGUGAAAUUCUUCAUUAUUGGAGUUACAGUUUUAGUGGUUGCGGUGCCGGAAGGUCUUCCACUUGCAGUCACAAUCUCACUGGCUUAUUCAGUCAAGAAAAUGAUGAAAGAUAAUAACUUGGUAAGGCAUCUGGAUGCUUGUGAGACCAUGGGAAAUGCUACAGCUAUUUGUUCAGAUAAAACAGGAACAUUGACAAUGAACAGAAUGACAGUUGUUCAAGCUUACAUAAAUGAAAAACAUUAUAAAAAGGUUCCUGAACCAGAAGCUAUUCCACCAAAUAUUUUGUCCUAUCUAGUAACAGGAAUUUCUGUGAACUGUGCUUAUACAUCAAAAAUAUUGCCACCAGAGAAAGAGGGUGGAUUACCUCGUCAUGUUGGUAAUAAAACUGAAUGUGCCUUGUUGGGAUUUCUUUUGGAUUUAAAACGAGAUUAUCAGGAUGUUAGAAAUGAAAUACCUGAGGAAGCACUGUACAAAGUCUAUACCUUCAAUUCUGUUAGAAAAUCCAUGAGUACUGUCCUGAAAAAUUCAGAUGGAAGUUACCGGAUCUUCAGCAAGGGUGCAUCUGAGAUAAUUCUGAAAAAGUGUUUCAAAAUCUUGAGUGCUAAUGGUGAGGCAAAAGUAUUCAGACCGAGGGACCGUGAUGAUAUUGUAAAAACUGUGAUUGAACCAAUGGCAUCAGAGGGCCUGAGAACCAUAUGUCUUGCAUUCAGAGAUUUCCCAGCGGGAGAACCAGAACCAGAAUGGGAUAAUGAGAAUGAUAUUGUCACCGGCCUUACAUGCAUUGCUGUUGUGGGCAUUGAAGAUCCUGUGAGACCUGAGGUCCCAGAUGCAAUAAAAAAAUGUCAGAGGGCUGGAAUUACUGUGCGGAUGGUCACCGGUGAUAAUAUUAAUACUGCUCGGGCUAUUGCUACCAAAUGUGGCAUUUUACAUCCUGGGGAAGAUUUCCUUUGCUUAGAAGGUAAAGAUUUUAACAGAAGAAUACGAAAUGAAAAAGGAGAGAUUGAACAAGAACGGAUAGACAAGAUUUGGCCAAAGCUUCGAGUACUUGCAAGAUCAUCUCCUACUGACAAACAUACACUGGUUAAAGGUAUAAUUGACAGCACAGUCUCAGAGCAACGCCAAGUUGUAGCUGUGACUGGUGAUGGUACCAAUGAUGGCCCAGCACUAAAGAAAGCAGAUGUUGGAUUUGCAAUGGGCAUUGCUGGAACUGAUGUGGCUAAAGAGGCAUCUGAUAUUAUUCUCACCGAUGACAACUUUACAAGCAUUGUUAAAGCAGUUAUGUGGGGACGAAAUGUUUAUGACAGCAUCUCAAAAUUCCUUCAGUUCCAGCUUACUGUUAAUGUAGUAGCAGUGAUUGUUGCUUUCACGGGUGCUUGUAUUACUCAAGACUCACCGCUUAAGGCUGUGCAGAUGCUGUGGGUCAACCUCAUCAUGGACACGCUUGCUUCCCUGGCUCUGGCAACGGAACCACCCACCGAGUCACUCUUGCUUCGUAAACCUUAUGGUAGAAAUAAGCCUCUCAUCUCACGCACAAUGAUGAAGAAUAUUUUGGGUCACGCAUUCUACCAGCUUGUGGUGGUUUUUACACUCUUGUUUGCUGGGGAGAAGUUUUUCGAUAUUGACAGUGGAAGAAAUGCUCCUCUGCACGCUCCCCCCUCGGAACAUUACACCAUUGUUUUUAACACCUUUGUGCUGAUGCAGCUGUUCAAUGAAAUAAACGCCCGGAAAAUUCAUGGCGAAAGAAAUGUGUUUGAAGGAAUCUUUAAUAAUGCCAUCUUCUGUACAAUUGUUUUAGGCACCUUUGUGGUACAGAUAAUAAUUGUGCAGUUUGGUGGAAAACCUUUCAGUUGUUCAGAACUUUCAAUAGAACAGUGGCUAUGGUCAAUUUUCCUAGGAAUGGGGACCUUACUCUGGGGCCAGCUUAUUUCAACAAUUCCAACUAGCCGUUUAAAAUUCCUCAAAGAAGCUGGCCAUGGAACACAAAAAGAAGAAAUACCUGAGGAGGAAUUAGCAGAAGAUGUUGAAGAGAUUGAUCAUGCUGAAAGGGAGUUGCGGCGUGGCCAAAUCUUGUGGUUUAGAGGUCUGAACAGAAUCCAAACUCAGAUGGAUGUAGUGAAUGCUUUCCAGAGUGGAAGUUCCAUUCAGGGGGCUCUAAGGCGGCAACCCUCCAUCGCCAGCCAGCAUCAUGAUAUUCGAGUGGUGAAUGCAUUUCGUAGUUCUUUAUAUGAAGGGUUAGAAAAGCCAGAAUCAAGAAGUUCAAUUCACAACUUUAUGACACAUCCUGAGUUUAGGAUAGAAGAUUCAGAGCCUCAUAUCCCCCUUAUUGAUGACACUGAUGCUGAAGAUGAUGCUCCUACAAAACGCAACUCCAGCCCUCCACCCUCUCCUAAUAAAAAUAACAAUGCUGUUGACAGCGGAAUUCACCUUACAAUAGAAAUGAACAAGUCUGCUACCUCUUCAUCCCCAGGAAGCCCACUACAUAGUUUGGAAACAUCGCUCUGAUUGUAAGCUGAAUGUUAACACACUAGCUGCAUUGUAAAGAAACAAAUUGAAACUGAGUCUUUUCACAUAUUGUGACAGACAAGAUAGUAUUCUUGUCUUUGGACUUCAACAGAAGACAUACUUGUACGAAUGUAGAUUUAUUUUUUUAAAAAAAAAAAAAGCAAAGCUUUCUGCCAGACUGAGGGUGCUUUUUGGGGGGUGGGAGAAAUGAACUGACAGAUAAACAGUAACUCAGCAUAAGUGACCUGUGGAUCAUCAGUAGUACCUAAGAAUGGUCCUGAACAGUGUAUUAGCAGAGCUGUAGUUUAUCUCAGUCAUUGAUGGGAGAGAGGGAGGAGUAAAGCUGGGUGAGACAGAGCCCUGGAUCAUUGAAUUGAUACUUUCAUUUCUGCUGUUGGCUGUUAAUAAUUUGGAUUAUUUAUGUUUAUAAAUGAUACAGAUCUGUUUACAAGGUUUGUAGAUACUUUUUUUGUUCCUGUUCAUAGAUGGGAAGCUUCCUUAUAACUGAUGCAGAGAAAAAUUAGUCCUUCAAAUACUGCUGUAU